AUGAAGAGUAAAGAGCUGCAGAAGCAGCUUCAGCAGCAGCAACAGCUGCUGCAGCAGCAGCAGCAGCAGCUGACUGAACGUGAGGCUGUCUUGCAGCAGCAGCUGAAGGAGCUGCAGCAGCAACGCAUGCAGCUGCAGCAGCAACAGACGCAGCAGCAGCAGCAAGAACGUGAAAUUAAGAGGCAGCAAGAGCUGCUGGAGGAGCAGCAGCAGCAGCUGAAGGGAAAGGAGCAGCAGCAACAGCAGCAGCAGCAGCAGCAACGAGAGCUUGAUCAGCAGCAGCUUGCUGCUGCUGAAGACAAGAAAGUAGCGCAGGAGGAGAAGCAGCAGCAGCAGCUGCAGCAGCUGGAGGCGCAGCUAGAAACACAGCAGCAGUUAAUCAAGCAGCAGCAGCAGCUGCUGCAGCAGCAGGAGCAGCAGUUGCAGCAGCAAGAGCUGCAACUGCAGCAGCAGGAGCAGCAGCUGCAGCAGCAGGAACAAGAACUGCUGCAGCGCGACUCUGAAAUGCAGCAGCAGGAGCAGCACAGUAGAGAGGAGCUGCUGCAGCAGCAGGUGCAGCAGCAGCUGCAGCAGCUGCAGCAGCAGAGCCAGCUGUUGCAGCAGCAAGAAGAACAGCUGCAGCAGCAAGAGGAGCAGCUGCAGCAGCAGGACCAGCAGCUGCAGCUGCUUGAGCAGCAGCUGCAGGAGCAGGAUCAGCAAAUGGGUGCACGCAUGCGAGAGCAGCAGCAGCAGCAGCAGCAGCAGCAGCAGCAGCAGGCAACCCUGCCAGGACCAGAGGGUUUGCUGCAGCAGCUGCAGCAGCAGAAUGUGCAGCUGCAGAGCGACGUUCAGACGCUGCAGCAGCAGCUGGAGGCAAGCGGAGCAGCACAAGAGCUGCUGCUGCGGAAGGCUGAGCAGCAGCAGCAGCAGCUGCAGGCAGCAGCAGAGGAGAAAGCUGGUUUGCUGCAGCAUGUUGCUGCAGUGGAUCGCGAAGCAGCAGCAGCAGCAGCAGCAGCAGCAGCAGAAGCAAAACAGCUGCGAGGAAAGUGUGAGGAGCUGUCUAUACAGCUGAGAGAUGCAGAGGAGAACGCAGCAGCAGCAGCAGACGGAGAGCAGCAGCUGCAGCAGGAGGUGCAGCAGAUGCAGCAGGAGCUUGCUGCUCUAACUGAAAGGCUAGCAACAACACAAAGACAAGAGCUGGAGCAGCUGCAGCAGCAGCUGCAGCAGCAGGGAGCAGCAGCAACAGCAGCAGCAACAAACGCACAGUUCACCCGCAUGCAGCAAGUGAUGGACCUGCAGCAACUGCAGCUGCAGCAGCAGCAGCAGCAACUGCAGCAGCAGCAGCAGCUUAUAGAUGAACUCCAUGCUCAGCAACAAGAAAGAGAAAAGGAGAUGGCUAAGCGCAGCCGACAGAGUGAGGAGCAGCAGCAGCUGCUGCUGCAGCAGCUGCAGCAGGAGAGGGAGCGAGCUGCAGCAGCAGCAAGACGGCAGCUGCAGCUGCAGCAGCAGCAUCAGCAGCAAACCGAAAGCCUCCGUAUCUCUUUAUCAGAUAAGGAUGAGUUGCUGCAGCAGCAGCAGCAGCAGUGGGAGCAGCAGGAGCAGCAGCUGCAGCAGCAAGCAGCAGAGCUGCGACAUACGCUUGAGCAGCAGCAAAGAAGCAACGAGCUGCUGCAGCAGCAGCUGCAGCAGCAGCAGCACGAAGCAAAAGAUGCACGAGAUGCAGCAAGACAGCUGGAGGAUAUUUGUGUGCAGCUGCGGGAGCAGCUGCAGCAGCAGACAGCAGAAUUUGAGUUGCUGCAGCAGCAGCACAGCAGCCUGCUGCAGCAGCACCAGCAGCAGUGUGGCGAGCUGGAGGAGCUGCAGCAGCAGCACAACGAGUUGCUGCUGCAGCAGCAGCUGCUGCAGCAGCAGCUGCAGCAAUCCGCUAGUGAGCUCGCCAGCCUCCAGUCACUGGCAGAGACCAUGGAGCAGCGUGCUGCAGCGUCGCUGCUGCAGCAGCACGCAGCAGCAGAGCAGCAGCAGCAGCAGCAGCAGCAGCAGCAGCAGAAGGAACAGGAGCUAGUCGCAUCAGCGUCUGAAAGGGAACAACAGCAGCAGCAACAGCAGCAACAGCAGCAGCAGCAGCAGCAGCAACUGCAGGAAGAGGAGCAGCAAGAUGCAGCUGAAGGGGAGGAUCAGCAGCAGCCGCAGCAGCAGCAGCAACGCCGGCAGCGCGCAGCAGCAGCAGCAGCAGCUGCAGCAGCUGUAUGA